AUGAAAAUCAUCACAUUCGGAUACCUGUACUGCUCCCACAACAAACCUUUUCAAUGGAGAGCUGAACUCCGCGAGGAAGAUGAUCGUGGGAACCGUGGUACGGACAUUGCAAGUAGGAGCGGCAGCAGCAACACCGCAAAGGAGUUUUUCACUGUCGUAGGGGAGAUAAACGAUAAAAAUAACGAUCAUGGCACGGAUGAUUAUGAAAUUGGCAUGAAAGUCUGGCAUAGCUGCACCGAAUCGGGAAAGAGCGUAUAUAACACCGACUAUCGAUUUGACUUUAAAGUGCCAGUGACUGAAUCGUGAGUCAAACCUCAGUCUUGAGCGUGCCAAUAUUAAUUAAUUACAGUGAAAUAUGGUACUUCUAUACUGACGUCCUUCAAUAA